AUGGCCUCCAAAGACGAUUUAACAACGAGUAAGAGGUUCCGCUUUCGGACGCGCAUCCUCACCGCGACCGCUACUCGGGUCAACCACGUGCACUCCAACGUCUUCCGUCUUCGCCUUCAGGCCAGCUUCCUGCAGUCCAUUCUACUAACGGCACUUGGCUAUCUACCAUGCACAAUACAGGCCUGGUUCGAGUCGCUGUUUCCCGAGUGGACUCUUCCUUCGCAGCUUAUCCUCAAAAAACAGAAGAAGAACUGGGAGGAAGAGUUUGAAGCCGAGAAAGCGGCUUACGCGAAACUGCGUCCGUUACAGCGAAUUGUUGUUCCAAGGCUCUUUGGCGAACUCCAGUACGACAACACGCCAGCGCUUCUCAUGUCGGACAUUGGUGGUGCAUGCCUGGCUGCGCCUGAAGGGGGCAUGCUGGAGCUGGACGAGUUCCGCCGCUUGGUCAGCCAGGCGCUUACCGCGCUUUCUCGCUUCAGGUUGUUGCAGGAUGAUGCCAAGCUGGAUAACUUCCAUCUGACUGACGGCAAGGUUAUGGUUGUCGACCUUGAGAUGAUGACCAAUGAAGUCCAGGAACCUCUGACGGACGAGCAGCUCAAGUUUGGCGUUGAGUGUGAGGUGGAUGACCUUGCCAAAGGUUCUGAAGACACCCAGUAUUGCUUUUGGGAGGAUGGGAUUCUCUCUGUUGGUGGCGAGUGA